UUUCUUCGGCGUCGUUCGAGCUCGACUGCGAGAGUCAAAACAUACAACGGCGCUUAAUCCGCAACAAUGAGUGAAAUCGAGCCAAGCGCGGACAACGGAGAGGAGCAGGACUGGGCGGCGGCGAAAGUCUUCUUUGAAAAUUUAAAAACUAAAAUACCGAGACCCCCCAAACCCAGGCACGCCGUCACCGUGGCCGUCUCCUCUCGCACCUUAUUCGACAUGGUCGCGGAGAGGAAGCUCUACGAAGAAGAAGGGGUGGAGAGGUAUGUCGCUCAUCAAGUGGAGCACGAGAAUACGCCGCUGAUGCCCGGUGCCGCUUUCCCUUUUGUCAAGGCACUCAUGACUGUCAACUCCAGACUGAGAGAGCUCUACCCAGACAGCGAGGAGCUGUUUGACAUUGUGCUGAUGACUAACAACCACGCCCAAGUCGGAGUUCGCCUCAUAAACAGCAUUAAUCACUAUGAGUUGACCAUAGAGAGAUUCUGUAUGACUGGAGGGAAGAGUCCCAUAGGCUACCUGAAGGCUUACAUGACCAACCUUUAUCUGUCUAAGGACUGUGAGAAAGUCACCGAGGCCAUCAAUGAGGGCAUUGCUGCAGCCACAAUGUUCACUCCAGGCAAGGAGAACGAGUUGUGCGACAAUGAGCUGAGGGUGGCCUUUGACGGCGACGCCGUCCUCUUCUCGGAUGAGUCGGAAAUCAUCGUGAAGAAACACGGCUUGGACACGUUCUUCGAACACGAGAAGGAGUUCGAGAACAAACCUCUCGCUCAGGGUCCGUUAAAGGGUUUCCUUGAGGCUCUCGGAAAGCUCCAGAGGAAGUUCUAUGCUAAGAAUGAGCGUUUGAACUGUCCCAUCCGUACCUUCCUGGUGACGGCCCGCAGUGCUGCCAGCUCAGGCGCCCGUGUCCUGAAGACCCUCAGGAGCUGGGGGCUGGAGAUAGAUGAGGCUCUCUUCUUGGCCGGGGCGCCUAAAGGGCCCCUCCUGCAGAAGAUACAACCACACAUCUUCUUUGACGACCAGAUGUUCCACGUCGAAGGAGCCAAGGAACUGGGCACCAUAGCCGCACACGUGCCGUAUGGAAUCGGACAGAAGUACCAAAAAGGGAAACUCAUAGAGCAGCCCGCAAAAAAUCAGUAAUCCUCCAAUGGUGGAGCGUAUCAUAAGCAUGAAUAUUUUAACAUGCAUUAUCUUACCACCAGCAUUUGAUGAGUUAUAUGCUUUGUCCCAUUUGAAGCGAAUGUAACACUCCUUCUUAAAAAAUGAUUGAUGACAAGGAAGUAAAGCUGAUAGUACUGCCAGUUACUUCCAAGAGAAUAAUUGUAAAUUAUUGUUUUGGGAGUGGAAAGUUGAAUAAUAGUCAACAAUUGCAACAUGGAUGCUCUCUGUUUUGGAAAAUAUUGAGAAUUGCCCCCCCCCACACACACACACACACACACUCUGACACAAAAUGAAUGCAUCGGGUUUUGGAAAUGGACUCCUAACAUUUGCCGUUACUUACCUCGUUUUUAUACUAGUCACUACAAGUGUCUUAAUGGGAACAUGGUAUUAGGGGAAAGAUACGAGUCCGACUGAAGAGCUUAGUGCUUUACAUUAGUCCCACAAUUUUGUUUCAGAGAGAGACUAGAUUGGCUUCUUUCUGUGACUUUCUACCUUGCACGAGUGUACCUGUUUACCUCAACAAAUGUGUUGGCACACAAGUCUUUAAACAGUUCAUGCUGGGGUUCUUCCUGUUUCUUUUUUCGAAGCACCACGCUUACUUUGUUAGCUGUAUUUUGAAACUUAUAUAGGGCCAGCAUGCCCUGCACGUUACUGUAAACCUAUUUAAGACGGCAAAACAAUUUGAUUUCUAAAGAGAUUAUCUCAACCAGACCAUGUUUUGUAUGUCAUACGUUUCUGUUCAGAGGGUUUGGGAUUUUUGCAUUCAUUGCAAGGUUUGAUGCACUUAAUCUUUCAUAUCUACUAUGUUUUUUAAGCAGGGUAGAGUUGUUCUGCUCAUUCGGAGCUGUUGUCUUUGCUACUUCCAUGCUAAGACUUGGAAAAAAUUCGCACGAAUUAAAGUUUGUAUUGUGUGUGUAUAUAUGCACAUUUUUUUUCCUAAAAUGAAAUUCACAUCAGUGGUUUGGAGAGUAAAUGGCUUGCUUCACAGUUUCUAUGUAAACAAGCAGGAACACAUUGUUAUAUGUUAUGUUCUUUUAAAUGUGUUUGGGGAUACCAAUAUUUUGUUGCUCUUAAAAAGUAAACGGUGUAUCUGUGCCUGUGUGAUUCAGAUUCAGACCACUUUGUUUACCCCGGAAGGGCAAUUCAGUGUCUUGUUUGUGUUGUAAUGCAAGGAUAUGCACAGUUUUGAACUUGUCUUCGCAUCCUCCUUGGCCAAAAGGGAACAUGAUUACUCACUGGUUUAUAAGCAAACCGUAGAUGUAAAUUUGAGUCGUUUUGUACAGCAAGCAACAUGCAGCUCUGAUGUUUUACUUGUGAUUUGGUUUCACAGUGACACUUUUUUUUUUGUUGCACAUUUUCUAUUCCCACUUAUUCUGCGCACACAAGCAGAUGAAUAAAGGGGCGC